UUAUUUUCUUGUCUCUAAGGUGUGAGUGGUAGUGACUGUCCGACUGACUGAGGUCACAGCGCUGUUGCAAAGAUAAAAUGAGGGAUGGAGACAAAAUAACUGGGAUAGUUAAAUGAUGUUGAAAUGCAAGCUAUUAUAUCCUCAAAGAAAUUCUCACACUCUUUCAAUCCGUCUGAUGCAGGCGACAAAGCCGCCCGAGGAAGAACCGUCCCUGCCCAAUGGCGAGGUCGUGGGCGAGGCGCAGAGCCCCGCAGAGGGGACAGAGAAGGCUGGAGAAAGUGGAGAAAAUGAGGCACCAAAAGAGGACAAGGAAGAUGAGGGCGACCUCACCGAAGCCCAAGCGGAGAAGGCAGGAGAGGUAACGGAGGAGGGAGCAGAAGGGGACGCGGAGGGAGAGGAAGUAGCCGCGCCGUUCCGGGGUGACACUUGUUCAUGA